AACAGCCCCGCCCCCAGAUAUGCGACCUCUCCGUGCAGUUCUCCUCCAGGUCCGCCCAUGCUCCAUAUAAAGGAGGGCUCUGGGCUGAGCAGUCACUGCUUUCUGCUCACACCUAGAAGAUGUCUGGUCGCGGUAAAGGAGGGAAAGGGCUCGGGAAAGGCGGCGCCAAGCGGCACAGGAAGGUGCUCCGCGAUAACAUCCAGGGCAUCACCAAGCCUGCCAUCCGCCGUCUAGCUCGCAGGGGAGGCGUCAAGCGCAUCUCCGGCCUCAUCUAUGAGGAGACCCGCGGGGUGCUGAAAGUCUUCCUGGAGAACGUCAUCCGGGACGCCGUCACCUACACCGAGCACGCCAAGAGGAAGACCGUCACCGCCAUGGACGUGGUCUACGCGCUCAAGCGCCAGGGCCGCACUCUCUACGGCUUCGGGGACGGCGUGCUUGGCCAGCUCUCCGGGCAGCAGCAGGCGCACGGCGGUCUGGAUCUCCCGGGAGGUGAUGGUGGAGCGCUUGUUGUAGUGAGCCAGGCGGGAGGCUUCCCCUGCGAUGCGCUCGAAGAUGUCGUUGACGAAGGAGUUCAUGAUGCCCAUGGCCUUGGAGGAGAUGCCGGUGUCGGGGUGCACCUGCUUCAGCACCUUGUAGACGUAGAUGGCAUAGCUCUCCUUCCUGCUCUUCCUCCGCUUCUUGCCGUCCUUCUUCUGGACCUUGGUGACGGCUUUCUUGGAGCCCUUCUUGGGCGCUGGGGUGGACUUGGCUGGCUCGGGCAUGCUGGGAGCUCGGUUGUCACUGCUGCAGAGCGGAGAUCAGUAAUGAAGAGAAGCCCCGCGCAGCUCCUUUUAUUGCGGCCGCAGAAGAUGUCUGGUCGCGGUAAAGGAGGGAAAGGGCUCGGGAAAGGCGGCGCCAAGCGGCACAGGAAGGUGCUCCGCGAUAACAUCCAGGGCAUCACCAAGCCUGCCAUCCGCCGUCUAGCUCGCAGGGGAGGCGUCAAGCGCAUCUCCGGCCUCAUCUAUGAGGAGACCCGCGGGGUGCUGAAAGUCUUCCUGGAGAACGUCAUCCGGGACGCCGUCACCUACACCGAGCACGCCAAGAGGAAGACCGUCACCGCCAUGGACGUGGUCUACGCGCUCAAGCGCCAGGGCCGCACUCUCUACGGCUUCGGGGGUUAAUGCUGCCUCCGUCCUCACAACACAAAGGCUCUUCUCAGAGCCGCCCACAUCUUCCCGGGGAGAAGCUACAAUUCCAUCUGCGCUCAGCCACUGAGGGGUUAACACCGCCCGCACAUCAGGGGACGGGGAGCCGGACAAUUGUCCGAGAUCAGCGGCGCCCUGUGCUCAGUACAACCGGAGGUCUACAAUACAGAAAGCCCCAGUAAUGUAAAUCCCGAGCCCCGGGUGUUCUCCACCGCUCCUGCCCCCGCAGCUACAAGACGAGCUGUGCUCGGAGACUGAGGGGUUAAUCCGUCCCGGAGCUGCAGAGACAAAGACGCCAAUGAGCGGCGCUGGUACGGGUCACAUGACCGGCUCCUCCUGUAGAUUAGCAGCUCGGCGGGAAAUUCAAAUGAGCCAAUGAGCGACGAGAUCCCGAGUUCUCCCAGGAAAUAGGAGCAGAGCUCUGGAGCCCCUCAGCCGUUAUGUGCCCAUAGGAGCGGAGCCUCGUCCUCCACUGAGCGGCAGCAGAGCUCAGCCUCCCCUCAGGGAGCGCCACACGGAGGAUGAUAGGAGUA